UUGCCAAGACAUCCAACAACAUGGAUGUCCCAUCGCAGUGUCCCGGUACCGAGGCGGGUUUCACGGAGAACCGGGGGGGUUCAGCUGCGGGGGGGAGCGGCGGGGCUCCGGGGGCCGCUGCCCGGGACAAACCCGUGUGUCUGAUCGUCCUGGGGAUGGCGGGCUCCGGGAAAACCAGCCUGGUUCAGAGACUCACAGCCCAUCUUCACUCCCUGAAGUCUCCUCCCUACGUGAUCAACCUGGACCCCGCGGUCCACGAGGUCCCCUUCCCUGCAAACAUCGACAUCCGGGACACCGUCAACUACAAGGAGGUGAUGAAGCAGUACGGCCUCGGACCCAACGGCGGCAUCGUGACGUCACUCAACCUGUUCGCAACUCGCUUUGAUCAGGUGAUGCAGUUCAUCGAGAAGAAGCAGCAGAAUCACAGGUAUGUGCUGAUGGACACUCCGGGGCAGAUUGAGGUCUUCACCUGGUCGGCGUCUGGAACCAUCAUCACAGAGGCUCUGGCGUCGUCCUUCCCCUGCGUGGUUGUGUACGUGAUGGACACGUCCCGCAGCGUCAACCCCGUCACCUUCAUGUCCAACAUGUUGUACGCCUGCAGUAUCCUCUAUAAGACCAAGCUUCCUUUCAUCGUGGUCAUGAACAAGGACUCAGGUUCCUGGACGGGAACCGGAACAUCGUACAGCUUCGCGUUUGGAGCGGAUGCAAUGACUGGGUCCAGGACGGUUACACCAGCCCAGGAGACACACGUCACACAUUAUCACACAAUGAGCCUCCUGGACAUCUACACCAGCCUCAGGGUUGUGGGCGUGUCCGCAGUGACAGGAAGUGGCCUGGACGAGCUGUUCGUUCAGGUGGAGGACGCAGCCAAGGAGUACGAGACAGACUAUCGGCCUGAAUAUGAGCGACUCCGUCAGCAGCUGGUCGACUCUCAGGCUAAGAAGCAGCAGCAGCAGCUGGAGCGUCUGAGGAAGGACCUCGGGGCCGUGGACAUGUCCAACUCUCCGUCCUCAGGGGACGCUGAUGUCCCCGGACCCAGUGACCUCAUCAUGAUGCGAGGUAACCAUGACGACGAAGAAGAGGAGGAAGAGGAGAGCGACACGGACGACAUCGACCACAGCGCGACAGAGGAGAGCAAAGAGACCGACGCCUUCGGUAACUUCCUGAAGGAAAGGAGGGAAGUAGUUCAGGUCCGAAACAGGAAGUGUGUUUUCCCAGAAGAGGCCCUGACCCCUGACCCCUGACCCCUGACAUCAUGACAUCAUGACCCGGCCAUGAAGAAGCUCGUGACCCAGGCUAUUAACUGGAGCACCGUCUGCGCCUGAUGAGGACAGGUCAGGUGACCUCGCUCAGAGCAGCUGAUUGGUUGGUCGUUCCCUAAAAAGAAAAAAGAUAUAUUUUUAUAUCAGAAAAGACUUUUUCAUUGCUGUCGACUUUUAUUUGUGAAAUGAUUUGUGCUGCAAAAUAAAAGCGAACUUUAUGUUUC